GGCGAUUGGCUCGGUCCAAACUACGUUGCUUUCAUUCACAGAGCUAGACUGUGAGGACCUAGAGCAACGUGAAGAAUUUUCACUGUAUUCGACAAAAAGUAUUUGUGUCAAAGCGCCACAGCACUGGGCGUGAUAUUCAACACGCUGGGGCCACUCAUACAGUCUCGGAAAUCCUGCUCUUGAGGUUUCGAAGAUGUUGAUUUACCUGUCCUUUUUAUCAACGCAGACGUGGACACUGCUCCUGCUAUUCCUGGGCCUGCUUGUGGUGUACGGAUACUGGCCAUAUGGAGUCUUCAAGAAGUUGGGGAUACCCGGUCCAAAGCCCGUGCUAUUUUUUGGAAAUAUGCUGAACUACACAAAGGGAUUCCACAAUUUUGACUGGGAGUGUUUUCAGAAGUAUGGCAAGAUAUGGGGAAUUUAUGAUAGCCGGCAGCCUGUUCUUUGCAUCACCGACACAGAGUUGAUCAAAACCAUACUCGUCAAGGAGUGCUACUCGAUUUUCACCAAUAGACGGGAUUUUGGCCUCAAUGGACCCAUGUAUGAUUCUCUGUUCAAUGCUGAGGAUGAAGACUGGAAAAGGAUUCGUAGUGUGCUGUCUCCAUCUUUCACCAGUGGCCGCUUGAAGGAGAUGUUUGGGAUCAUAAAGACGCACUCGCGCAACCUGGUGAACAGCAUGAAGAAGGAUGCAGAUCUGGCCAAGGCAUCAGACACUAAAGAGUACUUUGGGGCUUACAGCAUGGAUGUGGUGACCAGCACAUCUUUCAGUGUGGACAUCGACUCCCUGAACAACCCUAAAGACCCCUUUGUCACCAACAUCAAGAAAAUGCUGAAGUUUGACUUGUUGAACCCCCUCUUCCUGAUAGUGGCUUUCUUCCCCUUCAUGGCACCCAUCUUGGACAAAAUGAACUUUGCACUUUUCCCCAUUUCUGUGACGGACUUCUUCUACGCUGCACUGCAGACCAUUAAGGCUGAGAGGGUGACCAACUCUCGCAAGAACAGAGUGGACUUUUUACAGCUGAUGGUGGACUCCCAGGCUCCACAGAAAGAGGAAAAUGGAAACGGGGAUGGCACUAACAAAGGACUGAAUGACCAUGAGAUUCUGUCUCAAGCAAUGAUCUUCAUCUUUGCCGGCUACGAGACAAGCAGUGCAACUAUGAAUUUCCUGUUCUACCUUCUGGCCACAAACCCAGAUACCCUGAAGAUUCUCCACGACGAGAUUGAUGAAGUCUUCCCAGACAAGGCUGAAGUCCAGUAUGAAGCUCUGAUGCAGAUGGAGUAUCUGGACUGUGUGAUCAACGAGACGCUGCGCCUGUACCCUCCUGCUGCUCGCCUCGAGAGGGUCUGCAAAAAGACGGUAGAGAUCAGCGGUGUCAUCAUCCCCAAGGGAAUCGUUGUCAUGGUGCCCACAUAUGCCCUUCACAGAGACCCAGAACUCUGGACUGAACCCGAGAACUUCAAACCAGAGAGGUUCAAUAAGGAGAACAAGGACACCAUUGAUCCGUACUCGUACAUGCCGUUCGGAAUGGGCCCCAGGAACUGCAUCGGGAUGCGCUUCGCUCUCAUCAGCAUAAAGCUGGCCAUCGUGGAGCUGCUGCAGCGAUUUACCAUCACUACCUGUGCUGAGACCGAGAUUCCACUGGAGUUGGACUCCUUGGGUCUAAUGGCUCCAAAGAGACCCAUCAAACUGCAGCUGGUUCCUCGGCCGCUGGGGCGCAGCUGAACCCCGGAGGCUGAACGACCACAUGCACCGGACGUCCCAUCAGACCUGUCAGUCAUACAAUCUACUUGCAUUACUCGUCAUUUAGGACAUGCCUUAGCCCCAGAAUCGAUUGUCCCUCUACCUGUCUGUUUCUGUCAUGAUUGUAAGCAUCUUCAUGUAAAUAAUUCCCUGUCAGCAGUUUAUCCUGAGGUAGCCUACUGGCCAAUCAGAGAGAGUUUUAUUGCCUGUGUUAGUACCUGUAUGUGUAGCUGAUACUGUGGGUGUGUACAGAGGUGAGAGCUAAGAGGGUUAAGAGGUAUGCCUGUGAGUGUGCGUGAGCACCACUUUGUUUUUAAAGGUGUGUGUGUGCCACUGCAUGUUAUCUUUGUUUAAGUCUUAACAGAGGUUGUGUCAGUGACCACGAGUUUGACCCUUAUUUGUGCCACUGGUGUUUAAAUGUUUUUUUUUAUUUUAAGCUGUAAACUACAUUAUAUGACUGCACAGUGAUGAGCCACAUCAAUGCUGGUGUUAAUAUUGACAAAAUAAUUUAAAAAAAUCUGGCAGCAUUGUU